AUGGAUGCCGUGGGAGAUGUUGAUAGACCACCCUACCUCCACAGUCCUACCACCCUACCUCUACCACCACCCUACCUCCACCCUACCAGCACCCUACCCCUAAACUCAAACCUCGACCUCUACCGUUCUACCUAUACCUCCACCCUACCCCUAAACUCAAACCUCGACCUCUACCGUUCUACCUCUACCACCACCCUACCUCCACCCUACCAGCACCCUACCCCUAAACUCAAACCUCGACCUCUACAUUCUACCUCUACCACCACCCUACCUCCACCCUACCUCCACCCUACCCCUAAACUCAAACCUCGACCUCUACAUUCUACCUCUACCACCACCCUACCUCCACCCUACCAGCACCCUACCCCUAAACUCAAACCUCGACCUCUACCCACCCUACCCCUAAACUCAAACCUCGACCUCUACCGUUCUACCUCUACCAACACCCUACCUCUACCAGCACCCUACCUCCACAGUCCUACCACCCUACCUCUACCACCACCCUACCUCCACCCUACCAGCACCCUACCCCUAAACUCAAACCUCGACCUCUACCGUUCUACCUAUACCUCCACCCUACCCCUAAACUCAAACCUCGACCUCUACCGUUCUACCUCUACCACCACCCUACCUCCACCCUACCAGCACCCUACCCCUAAACUCAAACCUCGACCUCUACAUUCUACCUCUACCACCACCCUACCUCCACCCUACCUCCACCCUACCCCUAAACUCAAACCUCGACCUCUACAUUCUACCUCUACCUCUACCACCACCCUACCUCCACCCUACCAGCACCCUACCCCUAAACUCAAACCUCGACCUCUACCGUUCUACACCUCUACCAACACCCUACCUCUACCACCACCCUACCUCCACAGUCCUACCACCCUACCUCUACCACCACCCUACCUCCACCCUACCUCCCACCCUAUCCCUAAACUCAAACCUCGACCUCUACAUUCUACCUCUACCACCACCCUACCUCAACCCUACCAGCACCCUACCCCUAAACUCAAACCUCGACCUCUACCGUUCUACCUCUACCAACACCCUACCUCUACCAGCACCCUACCUCCACAGUCCUACCACCCUACCUCUACCACCACCCUACCUCCACCCUACCAGCACCCUACCCCUAAACUCAAACCUCGACCUCUACCGACGAAAUGUGGAGCCUGA